AUGGGAAAUAAGCUCAAGUGGGUGGUAAUGAUGCUCUUCCUGUUCAAGAUAUCUGGGAGACUCGCCACCUUCCUCAAGGAUGCCUGGGCCAAGGAGCCGGUGCUGGUCGCGUCCUUCACCAUUGGGGGCCUCGCUCUAGUUCUGCCCACCCUCAGCCCCUUCACCAAAUACGCCACCAUGAUCAACCAGGCUACGCCCUACAACUAUCCAGUGCCCCUCCGAGAUGAUGGGAACAUGUCCAACGUGCCCAGCCACCCCCAGGACCCCCAGGGCCGAAGCUUGGAGUGGCUGAAGAACUUGUGA